CGUGCACCUUCCUCAGACACGCUGAUCCAACCUGUAGCUCCAACAGGAACCGGUUCACACGUCCGCCGCAGUCCUGGCAGGUCAAAGGGCCCCUGACAUCACAUCUCCGCGGAUGAGCGCAGCGCGUGCAGCAGCCUCCCCCCUCCGUCUCCGCUCUGCGCGCGAGCACUCCGGAGUUGAGGAUGAAGACGCAGAACAUCAGGACCCUCACCCUCAUCCUCUCCAUCGUUUUCUACCUGCUCAUCGGAGCCGCCGUCUUCGACGCGCUGGAGUCCAGAAGUGAGAGCGCGAGAAAGAAGGAGCUGGAGGAGAAGCUGGCGGAGCUGAAGAAAAAGUACGACUUCAUGGAGGAUGACUACAGGGAGGUGGAGAGGGUGAUCCUCCAGUCGGAGCCGCACCGCGGCGGCAGGCAGUGGAAGUUCCCCGGAGCUUUUUAUUUUGCCAUCACUGUUAUCACCACGAUUGGUUACGGCCAUGCUGUCCCACGCACUGAUGCUGGCAAGGCCUUCUGUAUGUUUUACGCAGUCUUGGGCAUUCCUCUGACACUGGUUAUGUUCCAAAGCCUGGGCGAGAGGAUCAACACUUUUGUUCGGUACCUCCUGCAAAGAAGCAAGCAGUGCCUGGGUUUUAGAAGGACAGAGGUGUCUAUGGGAAACAUGGUUCUUGUGGGUUUGCUGUCCUGCAUGAGCACCCUAUGCAUUGGAGCUGCUGCCUUCUCCCAUUUUGAGAACUGGACUUUCUUUAAUGCGUAUUACUACUGCUUCAUCACCCUCACCACCAUCGGCUUUGGGGAUUUUGUCGCCCUGAAGGAGAGCGAUGCCCUGCAGAAGCAACGUCCCUAUGUGACCUUUUGCUUCAUGUACAUUUUGGUUGGCCUGACAGUUAUUGGAGCCUUUCUCAACCUGGUGGUGUUGAGAUUUCUCACUGUAAGCUCGGAUAAAUCUGAUAUGAGGACUGAAGCAGGGGGAGAGGAGCAGGGGUCACAUGGGGAGGCGUCAGACGCUGCUGGAGCAGAAACGUCUACGCUUCCUGAACCCAGCGGACUCGGGGCCUUGUUCUCCUGCAUGUGCUGUGGCCUGGAUGUUUACAGGAGCUCCUCUCAGUCUGUUUGUGACCAGACAGGUGGUCACAGCAACCCUGUCUUUUACAACUCCAUCUCCUACAGGGUGGACCAGGUCUCCUGCAGCUCCUGCACUGUUUCCUCACAGACCUCCCCCAGUGUUUUAAUGCUGCGUCAGAGCGGGAAGUAUCCUCACAUCAGGCGGAAGUCACUCUAACUGAGAUUUUCUGUUCGGUG